AUGGUGAGAGAUAAAACAGAGGGAGAGAGUGUAAUCAGGUACUCUGGAGCUCCGACAACGGAGCUAGCUCUGCACAUGUCAGCAACUCUUCCCAGAGAAAACUCCCCCACCCGUUACCGCCAUUCCAACUUCUUCACAACCCAAAACCACCACACUUGUCUCUUCCCCCAUUUCUCCAAAUACCCACAAUUCCAGGCAAAAAAUAGAAGAAAUUGGACUCCAAAACUUGUAUUAGCCGCUACAAAUCAGCGUCUCAGGAUCACCGAACAAGAACAAUCCCAGGAGGAAGAGGAAGAAGGAGAAGAAGAAGAUGCAGGGGAGGAGGAGGAGGAGGAGGAAGAAGAGUACGAUUAUUCGGAGGACGAGUCUUCUUUGCUGUCUCGGAGUGAGAAGCCUGACAGAAACAUGGCUUUGCUCGAUGAGUACGAGAUGGAGGAGCACGAGUACGUCGCCGACCCAAAUCAUCGGAGCGGGUAUGUGGCCGUGCUGGGGAAGCCGAAUGUGGGAAAGAGUACACUUUCGAAUCAAAUGGUUGGUCAGAAGUUGUCCCUUGUUACUGACAAACCUCAGACUACCCGGCAUCGAAUUCUCGGUAUCUGUUCUGGCACAGACUAUCUCUUAGCUGAUAUGAUACUGUAUGACACACCGGGUGUUAUGGAGAAGAGAAUGCACAAGUUGGAUUCUAUGAUGAUGAAGAAUGUCCGGAGUGCUACAGUUAAUGCAGACUGUGUAGUUGUUCUUGUUGAUGCAUGAAAAGUGCCUGAAAAAAUUGAUGAAGUGUUGGAAGAAGGUGUAGGUAACCAGACGGAAAGCUUGCCGCCCAUUUUGCUGGUUAUGAAUAAGAAGGAUUUGAUUAAACCUGGUGAAAUUGCAAAGAAACUAGAGUGGUACGAGAAAUUUACAAACGUUGACGAGGUCAUACCUGUAGGACAGGGAGUGGAAGAUGUCAAGCAUUGGAUUUUAUCACAAAUUCGUUAUGGGCCAGCAUAUUAUCCGAAGGACAUUGUCAGUGAGCACCCAGAAAGAUUCUUUGUAUCUGAAAUUGUUCGAGAAAAGAUCUUUAUGCAAUACCGUAAGGAGAUUCCUUAUUCAUGUCAGGUGAAUGUCGUGAGCUACAAAACUAGGCCAAUGGCAAAAGAUUUUAUACAAGUGGAAAUUGUCGUUGAAAAAAACUCACAGAAGAUCAUUGUUAUUGGAAAAGAAGGGAGAGCUCUGAAACUACUUGCAACUGCUGCUCGACUCGACAUAGAAAACUUUUUGCAGAAGAAAGUUGAAGUGAAGGUUAAAGAGAAUUGGCGGCAAGACGAAGUUCUUUUGAAGAAUUAUGGCUAUGGGGGUCAAAUUCAAGCAUUUUGAUGUUGGGGCCUCUACAACCUGUCCGUAUCCAUUGGAGAACACAAGCGAGGAUGGCCGUAUCAUUUAGGCUACACGAGUGUUUUCUUUGAGAUGGCUUUGAUGUCGUUGAUUAACGUAGAUGCCUCCCGUUCCUUUUUGACUACACACAAGCCCAUCAGAAAUGUUGAAGCCCAUCAAAGUGUAGGUAGGUUUCCCGUAACGUGGGAUGUUUGAAGCAGGUGAAUGAUGAUGGGCAUCGUCGCUUUCAAUGAUGGCCAGAUAUGGCUUUGGCAUGCCUUGUGGCACCAUCAUGUCAAAAUCCUACCCCUUAAAACCACAAACAGAGUGGGGAUAAUUCUCCUCACAUGGGCUGAAGUGCAGCGUCAAGUUCAACUAUGUUAAUGCGCAUGGUGGGUAGAUAGGACACAUUAAAAGUUAAAGCUUACAAUGGCAAUUAUGCUUGAAUAACGACGGUUCAAACAUAUUUUUCAUUUUAAGAAUAUAUAACCCGUUCUGUUUAUGUAUAUUUCUCAAGAAAAAUUGAAUACGGAAUAGUAGGGUUUUGGUUUUUUUGGGUGAAGGGGGUUUGUCUAGCAGGAGAACUUGGUCCCACAAAUGUAGCGUUACGAGACUUGUUUCUUGUAUUGUAACCUUUACCGGUGUUUCUACCAAAAUAUGUUUGAAGAUUACUAAAUCUUA